CCCGGCCGCGCGGCCCGCCGGGGCCAUGGCGAAGAAGAGCGCCGAGAACGGCAUCUACAGCGUGUCCGGCGACGAGAAGAAGGGCCCCCUGAUCGCACCCGGGCCCGACGGGGCCCCGGCCAAGGGCGACGGCCCCGCGGGCCUGGGGGCGCCCGGCGGCCGCCUGGCCGUGCCGCCGCGUGAGACCUGGACGCGCCAGAUGGACUUCAUCAUGUCGUGCGUGGGCUUCGCCGUGGGCCUGGGCAACGUGUGGCGCUUCCCCUACCUGUGCUACAAGAACGGCGGAGGUGUAUUCCUUAUCCCUUAUGUCCUGAUCGCCCUGGUUGGAGGAAUCCCCAUUUUCUUCUUGGAGAUCUCGCUGGGCCAGUUCAUGAAGGCCGGCAGCAUCAACGUCUGGAACAUCUGCCCCCUGUUCAAAGGCCUGGGCUACGCCUCCAUGGUGAUCGUCUUCUACUGCAACACCUACUACAUCAUGGUGCUGGCCUGGGGCUUCUAUUACCUGGUGAAAUCCUUCACCACCGCACUGCCCUGGGCCACAUGUGGCCAUACCUGGAACACUCCCGACUGCGUGGAGAUCUUCCGCCAUGAAGACUGUGCCAAUGCCAGCCUGGCCAACCUCACAUGUGACCAGCUUGCUGACCGCCGGUCCCCCGUCAUCGAGUUCUGGGAGAACAAAGUCUUGCGGCUCUCCGGGGGGCUGGAGGUGCCAGGGGCCCUCAACUGGGAGGUGACCCUGUGUCUGCUGGCCUGCUGGGUGCUGGUCUACUUCUGUGUCUGGAAGGGCGUCAAGUCGACAGGAAAGAUCGUGUACUUCACCGCUACAUUCCCCUACGUGGUCCUCGUCGUGCUGUUGGUGCGUGGAGUGCUGCUGCCUGGCGCCUUGGAUGGGGUCAUCUACUAUCUCAAGCCUGACUGGUCGAAGCUGGGGUCCCCUCAGGUGUGGAUAGAUGCUGGGACCCAGAUUUUCUUUUCCUACGCCAUCGGCCUGGGGGCCCUCACAGCACUGGGCAGCUACAACCGCUUCAACAACAACUGCUACAAGGACGCCAUCAUCCUGGCACUCAUCAACAGCGGGACCAGCUUUUUUGCUGGCUUUGUGGUCUUCUCCAUCUUGGGCUUCAUGGCCGCAGAGCAGGGCGUGCACAUCUCCAAGGUGGCGGAGUCAGGUAAAGACCCCACCCCUUAGCCCGGCCCCCAGGCUGCAGCCGCCCUCCUAACGUACCAUGUUCAUGAACACACACACACGCAAAGAGGCAAGUCUGGGAGAUGAGAGAAGCAUGCACUGGACCCGUUGCGUCGUCCGUCGCUCUGGACCAGAGGAAGGCCCGGCUGAGCAGCUGUUUGGGGCCAGCUCAGAGCCAGAGCCUUCGUGGGCCAGGCCACACGGAGCCUGGAGCUCCCAUCCACCCAUCCCCAGGGCCUUGGCCUAUGGCCCUCACAUUCGUGAGGCGAACGUGAUCAACCACCACACUACGGAAACUGAUCGCCCCUCACGUUUGCCAGAGGGUUGCCCAGGGAGAGGGCCUUUGCGGGCUUCACAGGGACCCGUGACCGCAGC